GGAGCCCCGGAGCACCAAAAGCGUGAAAUGGGAGGGCUCCGCAGCACGAAGUGGCAAACCCCUGCUGGGCAGAGCCCGAAACCCUCCCAUUUUCGCUCCGGAGGUAUUCCUUCGACUGUCUGAGGAUCAAUCUUUCUGCGUAGAAAAUGGCACAUUGCACAUCUACUACGACUAUCUCGCUCUGAGAAUGGAAAUUGCUCUUUUUUCACGCAAAUGGUCAUUUAUAACCAAACCAGAUUCCUUCAUGUCUCCUAGCACAGGCCGAGACCACUUUUCUCUAAACAUCAUUGUUGCAAGUAGUAGUUUUGGAUCGGAAAAGCAUGAGAUUCCUUUCCGGUUCAUGGAGAGUAGACGUCCUUGCUUUGAUCGGCUAUCAACUCUGCCAAUAUUUUAGCGUGCAACAACUCUAUCCCAUAUUACUAAAUUAUGUACCACCAGUAAAAUGCAUAGAUGAUCACUGUUUCAAGGUGACAGCGAAGUGCUAUGCAGACUGUCCGGAUUGCGCAGAUGUUUGUUCGAACUCAUCUUUGAUUGGAGAGGACUUGUGCAGAGCAAAUAAUAGACCGUACUUUUAUUCAGCUGCAAUGGAGUACGAACAAUUCUGCGAUAGUUUUUACAAAGCAUUCUCCUCUUCAACAGUGCAAUACCUCGGAGUAUUACUCGGUAACUGUUUUGUGGGCUUUUUCGCAGAUAAAUAUGGAAGACGGAAAGUAAUCUUGAUUGCGUUAUCGCUAGGAAUACCCAACUUGGUCUUGUCAGGAGUCGUUAUGAAAUUGCAUUUCUACUAUAUGUUCCGUUUUCUUCUCGGAAUCAGUGUGUCAGCCACCCAGUGUAUUGGUUGGGCCUACUUUGCUGAGAUGAUAUCUCCUAAGCACCGUUUCAAGCUAAGAACCUUCACCAGUUGGACUAACGCUCGUUUGCUUAUGACUGCCGUAACACACCUUGCCAUGACAUGGAGACUAGCCACUUAUUAUCAUGCAAUUCUUUCGCUGUUGCCUCUAGCUCUGGUCUACUUUCUACCAGAGAGCCCGCUGUGGCUCAAAAGGAAGGGAUACCUUAAAGAAGAGGAGAGAGCACGAAGAAGGCUAGCAUGGAUCAACGGCAUGGAAUAUAAGAAGGUCGUCAAUGCUGAAGAAAAAGAGAAGAUAGUUCAGCAUCCACAAGUGUCGCUUUCGCAUGUACUGACUGAUGCCGAACUUCGCUCUAGCUUCCUCGUUCUCUGCGUGAUGUGGUUCUGUGCUGGACUCAGUAUGUAUAUGAUAGACCUUAACGGAGAGGACAUGACGAAAAACUUUUGGGUGGGACAGUACAUGUCGGCUGCAUUGGCUUCAAUCGUUCGCGUGAUAGUUGGUUUUGCUGACGCUUACCUACCUUGGCUGGGAAGACGCAAAGUUUACAUCCUUUCCAUGGGCAUAUGCAUAAUCGCAUCCGCGGGCUUGCUUAUCCAGCUACUUUCCGGAGCAAAAGGUUCCACCUUAUAUUUCAUCACUUACUUAACCGCUUACAACUCUAUAUCUGUGUCCAUGGAGCCCAAUUACCUGGGAGCUGCUGAGCUGAUGCCAACAGAUGUAAGAGGCAAAACAACAGCGAUGUUGAACAUUAUUACUCGUGUUGGAACCGUUCUGGCUUCACAAAUGAUCUACUUUAAGACAUUCUUUGAGCCGGCAAUCAUGAUUGUGCUAAUCAUUUCCAAUCUAAGCGGCUUUCUUGUAGUUACGAGAUGGCUGAAGGAGACGAAAAACAUCAGUCUAGAGGGCGUUGGACAUAACUUCAAAGCAAAUGAUGUUGAUAUCGAAGCACCGACUUCCAGGAGGCUCACGUCGGAUGGUCACAGUGGAUCCGUUCGAAUACGAGAUGUUCAGAAAGAAAAAGAACAGGCGUGAUUGCUGGCGGGAAGCACAGAUUUCUUAACAGCGGCGGAGCCAUCCAUUCACUAUGCCUGCGGCACUGGAGUUUUAGCAGAUAUACGAGAUUGAUAUUGUAGUCAAGUUGUUUGUAUGAUAUUCAUUUACAAUAAAUUAUGUCGGUG